UUCUCUUACAGAUAAACUAAGGGAUCGUUCAGGAUGUAUGAGGCGUUCAAAGGGACCAAGAAGCUUCUUUCAAGGAAACCGAAGGUACAAUCUCCUAGACCAGACAACUUUGUGUUUAGGCUGCAUUACCAGUUCACUUUUGGGUUUCUUGCAAUUGCAGUACUUCUCGUUACAGGCUACAGCUAUAUUGAUACAAAUGGGUCUGCAAUACAGUGUAUGAUGGAUAAGGGUAUAGGGGUGCCUGCUCCUGUUAUAAACAGUUUCUGUUGGAUAAUGUCGACCUAUUCUCUUCCCAAAUAUUACAAUGGAGACCAAGGAACAGAUUUCAUACAUCACGGGGUUGGACCACAGGGCGAGGAUGACGAAGAGGUGUAUCAUGCCUAUUACCAAUGGGUUCCUCUCUUCCUGUCUUUCCAGGCUGUCAUGUUCUAUCUUCCUCAUUAUAUUUGGAAGGUUAUUGAGGGUGGAAGGUUUCGUAGAAUUGUUGCUGGGUUGAACUUAAUCUUAGAUAACAUGGAGUAUUCAGAUCAGGAGAUUGAUUUAAAUAAUCUUGCUACUUACAUGAACACUAGGGUGAGUCAUGGAAAUAAAGGAGAGCAUAUAAGCUGGGCAAUCAAGUUUUAUCUUUGUGAAGUUCUCAAUUUUAUCAAUGUUGUUGUACAGAUUGUGAUAACAGACAGGUUUCUUGGUGGUUCCUUCUACAAUUAUGGUAUUGAAGCGGCCAGCUGGUCAGAUAUAGAAGAGGAGGAUAGAGUAGAUCCUAUGUACAAAGUAUUUCCAAGGAUGACAAAAUGUAUGUUCCACAAAUAUGGAGGCUCUGGAACUCUCCAGAAGUUUGAUGCUCUCUGCGUUCUUGGAAUGAACAUUAUUAAUGAAAAGAUUUUUGUCUUCUUAUGGUUUUGGUAUGUUUUCCUGGCAACUGUGACUGCGAUUAAUCUUAUCAUGAGGAUAAGUCAGUUUAUGUCUUCAAGCAUGAGAUUUAACCUGGUCAAGUUUGAAGAGUUUGGAAUCAAAGAGAAGCAGAUUAAACAUGACGUUCUUGAAAAUGUACUAAGCCAGCUCUCCUUUAUUUAGUGUACUAAGCCAACU